AUGAUAUUGUCUAAAGGCGAGGACAGAGUGGCCACCGAAUAUGACCCCUUUGACAGACAGAGAUGCUUCAUAGAGAUGACGUCAAUGGGUCUACCGUCCUCGGAGCUUAUCUUCACAAAGCAGGAGGAGGAAACUUUACUAAACUUUUACGUACAGAAUGGAGAGUGGGAACUAGAAAAUGCCAGCCUGACGGCCGGGGACAUCACAGUUUCUUUUAGUUCAGUGCCAGGUAUCCAGUUAGAGUUCGUCCUCAAACGACGCCCAACCUUUUUCUUCUUGAACAUUCUUCUACCAGUAGUUUUUCUGUCGCUACUCAAUAUCCUCGUGUUCAUCAUCCCAGUGAACUCAGGGGAAAAGAUCACUUAUGGUAUCACAGUCCUACUUGCCGUGUCUGUAUUUCUGAGCAUCGUAAGCUCCAUGCUGCCCCGCUCCUCCGACAAAUUGCCUUAUGUCACCAUCUACCUCUUCAUCCUCCUCGUCCUCUCAUCCCUUACCGUUAUCGACAGUAUCUUCAUCGUCUAUCUCAGUCACCGGGAGCAGGAGAAGGAGAAGCAAAUCAAAGCACGAGAGAAAUUCAACAGCGCUUUCCGCAGAGUGAACCUCAUGCAACGGUUGGUGGCUCCCAUGCAAGAUCGCCCUUCCCUCGUUAACAUGUUUGGCUUCAACUCCAAAAGGCCGGCCUCGGCUGGCAGCGACCAAGGCCUCAGACCGGCUACUGCCGAGAACGGCAACGCGAGAAUCAAACGUAACUCUGUAGAUCCUUUAUCGUGUCUGGAAGAAGCAGAGGAAUCUUCGAGCGAUCAUAACGACGAGAAAAAUGAUGGUGAAAAGAAAGGUCGAAGGAACAAUUACCAGCUCAUUGUUAAAUACAUCGACUUAGUUUCUUUCGUUGUUUUCUUUGUUAUCUGGGUUGGGGUGACACUUGGAUUCCUUAUCUCAAUAUCUACCAACUAA